UAUAUGAACCCUCCUUGUGUUUUAUAAGCCUUUAUUUCAUUUUUUUUCUCCUCUCUCACCACAACGAUAUAAACUCCUUUCUUGCAUCCUAAGUUAACCUCUACCCGUUCCUUGUGAUCUUUCCUCAAAUGGGUUUCAAUUUUGGUCUCUUUCCUGUUCUCUUCUUCUUCUUUCUUCUGAAGAAUUCAUGGAGUCUAGGUCCUAACCAGACAGAGUUCUUCAGGCUCAUGACAAGUUCUCUUUCCGGUGACGCUUUGUCUUCUUGGGAUCCCAGUGACUUAAACUCUCACUGCAACUUCACUGGUGUUGCUUGUGAUGAUCAAGGCUCUGUCACAGAUCUCGAUCUCUCCGGUUGGUCUCUCUCGGGGAAUUUCCCCGAAGGUAUAUGCUCGUAUCUCCCGGAUUUACGCGUUCUUCGGCUCUCGCACAACCGUUUCCAUGGAAGCUUCCUCUUCAGCAUAGCAAACUGUUCUCUUCUUCAGGAGCUCAACAUGAGUUCCGUCUUCCUCAGGACAAAUCUCCCCGACUUCUCCGACAUGAAAUCUCUCAGAGUUCUUGACAUGUCCUAUAAUCUCUUCACCGGAAACUUCCCCGUCUCGGUUUUCAGCCUCACCGAUCUCGAGUACCUCAACUUCAACGAAAACGCAGAGCUCAACUUAUGGCAACUCCCCGAGAACAUCUCGAGACUGACAAAGCUUCGGGAGAUGCUGUUGAUGACAUGUAUGCUAUACGGUAACAUACCCAGAUCGAUCGGGAACAUGACCUCCAUUGUCGAUCUUGAGCUCAGUGGGAAUUUCCUCUCUGGUGAGAUUCCUAAAGAGCUGGGGAAUCUGGUUAACCUCAGACAGCUUGAGCUGUACUACAAUUACCAUUUGACGGGAAGCAUACCGGAGGAAAUCGGUAAUCUCAAGGAGCUUACUGACAUCGAUAUCUCGGUUAACAAGCUAACCGGGAGCAUACCGGAAUCGGUUUGCAGUCUCCCGAAGCUCCGAGUUCUUCAGCUUUACAACAACAGCUUGACAGGAGAGAUUCCAAAUGCUCUAGGGAACUCAACAACGUUGAGGAUUCUCUCUCUUUAUGACAACUUCUUGACCGGCGAGCUUCCCAAGAAUCUCGGGUCGUUGUCUCCUAUGAUUGCUCUCGAUGUUUCGGAGAAUCGGCUUUCGGGUCCUCUGCCAAGCCAAGUUUGCAGGUCUGGUAAGCUUCUUUACUUCCUCGUCUUGCAAAACAUGUUCUCUGGUGAAAUCCCCGAGACUUAUGGAAGCUGCAAGACUCUAAUACGGUUCCGAGUUACGAAUAAUCGGUUAGAAGGGUCUGUCCCUUACGGAGUCAUGUCUCUUCCCCAUGUUUCGAUAAUCGACUUGGCUUACAACAACUUGUCUGGUCCAAUACCCAACGUGGUCGGAAACGCUUGGAACUUGUCGGAACUGUUCAUGCAGGGAAACAGAAUCUCCGGUGUUAUACCUCCCGAGAUCUCCCGUGCAACGAAUCUGGUAAAGCUUGAUCUCAGUAACAAUGAUUUGUCAGGUCCGAUACCUUCGAAGAUCGGUAGACUGAGGAAGCUGAAUUUACUUAUGUUGCAAGGCAAUCGGCUCAGCUCCUCCAUUCCAGAUUCGCUUUCAUCUCUGAAAUCUCUGAAUGUUCUCGAUCUCUCGAGCAAUCUCCUCACAGGGAAAAUCCCGGAAAGUCUCUCUGAACUGUUACCAACUUCGAUCAAUUUCUCCAACAACCGUCUCUCUGGGCCAAUUCCUCUUUCUCUGAUCAGAGGAGGCCUGGUUGAGAGCUUUUCAGACAACCCUGGUCUGUGUGUUCCACCGAAUUCUGGUUCAUCAGAGAUCAAGUUCCCGUUAUGUCCCGAGGCUCACAGCAAGAAGAAGCUGAGUUCCACAUGGGCGAUCCUCGUAUCGGUCUUCGUCCUUGUCCUAGGAGCUAUGCUGUACCUGAGACAGAGGUUCAGCAAAGACAGAUCAGUGGUGGAACAUGACGAAACCCUAGCUUCUUCUUUCUUCUCCUACGACGUGAAGAGCUUCCACAGAGUAAGUUUCGAUCAAAGAGAGAUUCAUGAAGCUAUGGUUGACAAGAACAUCGUCGGGCAUGGAGGAUCAGGCACUGUGUACAGAGUAGAGCUUAAGAGUGGGGAAGUAGUUGCAGUAAAGAAACUGUGGAGCAGAAGAACCAAAGACACUGCAGCUGAAGACAGUGUACAUUUGGACAAGGAACUGAAAACCGAGGUCGAAACCCUAGGUAGCAUUCGCCAUAAGAACAUCGUCAAGCUCUACAGCUACUUCUCGAGUUCGGAUUGCAGUCUAUUGGUCUACGAGUACAUGCCUAAUGGAAACUUGUGGGAUUCACUUCACAAGGGCAUUGUCCUUCUCGAUUGGCCUACUCGUCAUCAGAUCGCAGUCGGAAUAGCUCAAGGAUUAGCUUACCUUCACCACGAUCUCUCCCCGCCCAUUAUUCAUCGAGACAUCAAAUCCACAAAUAUCUUGUUAGAUGUCAAUUACCAGCCUAAAGUUGCAGACUUUGGCAUAGCUAAGGUCCUACAAGCGAGGGGUAAAGACUCUACCACGACGGUUAUCGCGGGUACUUACGGUUAUCUGGCUCCAGAGUUUGCAUAUUCCUCGAAAGCAACAGUCAAGUGCGAUGUUUACAGCUUCGGGGUCGUGUUAAUGGAGCUGAUAACGGGGAAGAAACCCGUGGAUUCAGCUUUCGGUGAGAACAAGAACAUCGUUAAUUGGGUUUCGACUAAGAUUGACACAAAGGAAGGGCUAAUGGAGACAUUAGACAAAAGAUUAUCGGAUUUGUCCAAAGAAUUCAUGAUCAAUGCCCUUCGAGUGGCCAUCCGUUGCACGAGCAGGAGUCCCACCAUCCGUCCCACGAUGAACGAAGUGGUUCAGUUGCUCAUUGAUGCGGCGCCUCAUAGGUUUGAGCCGUCAAACAAGGCAAGAGAUGCUUCGUCAGAUCAUGUAGCUAAGACAAAGAAACCAUGUGAACCAUAGAGAGUCAGAUUCUUGAGCAUCUAUGUAUUUAUACAUACCUACAUACAUACAUACAUAUAUAUAUAUAUAUAGAUUGUACUUAAUGCUAAUCUUAUGUAUACAGACAUAUUCAAUGCGUAUAAAAUGUUAAUCA